AGUGUGAGGUGCACGUAAGACAUUGUGACUUAUAUUUCAGGCAUUAUAAAAUACAACUGGAAUAUCCUUGACCAUUUCUUGAUCAAAAAAGCCUGUCACAUAACAAUGAGGCCGUAAAUAUCACCUCACUCCAUGAUAUCUCAUUAAUAUUCCAUUUGAAGCACGUGACUUUAAAGAAGAGAUUUUAAGGUUCUUCAGGCACGUUUCCUGCCCUUCAUCCCAAACCAAAAAAGGCAUUUCACCCCUUAGGAACGAUUGACUUAUCAAAUGCCCAAAAACAGCAAAUCCGUCAAGAGAGAGCUUGACGAUGAGGUCAUUGAAUCUGCCAAAGAUUUGCUUUCCAACGAGGAUGCAUGUGAUGAGCCGUUUCAGAAGAGCAUGGUGAGUGUGAAAAACGCAUCCGGCUGUGAGGAGCGGCACGUGAAGGAAGGCUCUGUUGAUCCCGAAGAGGAAGAGGAGGAAGAUGAAGGCGAGGAGAGGCCCGCAUGGAGCAGCAAGCUCCAGUACAUCCUCGCACAGGUGGGCUUCUCUGUGGGCCUUGGCAACGUCUGGAGAUUCCCAUACAUGUGCCAGAAGAACGGAGGUGGAGCCUACCUGGUGCCCUACUUCAUCUUGCUUGUGGCGAUUGGGAUCCCGCUGUUCUUCCUGGAGCUGGCUGUGGGCCAGCGCAUCCGUCGCGGCAGCAUCGGCGUCUGGAACUACAUCAGCCCUCGACUGGGUGGCAUCGGCUUUGCCAGCUGUGUGGUGUGCUUCUUUGUGGCACUUUAUUACAAUGUCAUCAUCGGGUGGAGUCUGUUCUACUUCUCACAGUCAUUUCAGCAGCCUCUGCCCUGGCACGAGUGUCCUCUGAUCAAAAACAACACCACCACAUAUGUGGUGCCUGAGUGCGAGAAGAGCUCGGCCACUACCUACUACUGGUACCGUGAGGCUCUGGAUAUAUCCAACUCCAUCUCAGAGAGCGGAGGACUCAAUUGGAAGAUGACGUCGUGCCUGCUGGCUGCGUGGUCCAUGGUGUGUCUGGCCAUGAUCAAAGGUAUCCAGUCCUCAGGGAAGGUGAUGUACUUCAGCUCCCUCUUCCCGUAUGUGGUGCUAAUCUGUUUCCUGGUGAGAGCCCUCCUACUGAAAGGUUCUGUGGAUGGCAUCAUCCACAUGUUCACCCCCAAGUUGGAGAUCAUGCUGGAGCCUCAAGUGUGGCGUGAAGCUGCUUCACAGGUGUUCUUCGCUCUCGGCCUGGGUUUCGGUGGCGUCAUUGCCUUCUCCAGUUACAACAAGCGCAACAACAACUGCCACUUUGACGCCGUUCUCGUCUCUUUCAUCAACUUCUUCACGUCUGUGCUGGCCACACUGGUGGUGUUCGCCGUGCUUGGUUUUAAAGCCAAUAUCAUGAAUGACAAGUGUGUCGAACUAAACGCAAAAAAGAUUGUUGGAUACCUAGGCAACGAGAUAAGUCCUAACUUAAUUCCGCAUCACAUCAACUUAAGUCACAUGAGCACAGAAGACUACCAGCAGAUGACCAGCAUCAUCCAUGGCGUGAUGGAGGGCGAUUACCCUCGCCUGGGCCUGGACAGCUGUGCUCUAAAAGAGGAGCUCAACAAGGCAGUGCAGGGUACAGGACUUGCCUUCAUCGCCUUCACUGAGGCCAUGACCCACUUCCCUGCCUCUCCUUUCUGGUCAGUCAUGUUCUUCCUCAUGUUGGUGAACCUGGGGCUGGGCAGCAUGUUUGGCACAAUCGAGGGUAUCAUCACACCCCUCGUGGACACUUUUAAAGUACGCAAGGAAUACCUGACAGUCGGCUGCUGUUUCCUGGCAUUCAGUAUUGGUCUAAUCUUUGUCCAGCGGUCAGGCAACUACUUCGUGGCCAUGUUUGAUGACUACUCUGCUACGCUGCCCCUCCUCAUAGUAGUUCUUCUGGAAAACGUGGCUGUAGCCUGGGUUUAUGGCACUGAAAAGUUUUUCGAGGAUCUAAAGGACAUGCUGGGUUUCACGCCGUUCCGUUAUUAUUACUACAUGUGGAAGUAUAUUACUCCUCUGCUGCUGCUUGCCCUGCUGACUGCUAGUGCCAUCCAGCUGGGCACAAGUCCUCCAAGAUACAGAGCCUGGAUCCAGGAGCUGGCUCAGGACCAAUCACUCAGUUAUCCUCCAUGGGGCCUGGCUGUCUGCAUCACGCUAGUGAUCGCUGCUAUUUUGCCUGUCCCUGUGGUGUUGGUGUUGCGAUAUUUCAACCUGAUUGACGAGAAGUCUUGUGGCGCGUCCGCCGCCAUCUACAAGAAGGGCCGGAUCAUUAAAGAGAGUGUUCACAGAAAAAGGCAAGAGGACGAGGGAGAUGACACCAGUCUCCUUCAGGGAAAGACACCAAGGGAGACUCCUUCUCCCGUGCCGCCUAAUAGUAUGUACCGCAAGGAGAGUAGCACCACAGCUCAAGCAGAGCCUGCCUCCAAUGGCCACUUCAGCAUCGGAUAUCUCAUGGCCGACAUGCCAGAUAUGCCAGAGUCUGACUUAUGA